AGCGCUUCAAUCACCCAACUUCAACUCCAGCAGCGGCUUCUGCUCCAUCCUUUUUUUUCCCCAAGAUCUGAUGGCUUGAAGAUAAAUCGGACCAUUUCUAUGCAUGGCCGUCCUUAUAAAAGCGUAGGAUUGCACAGCUCGCAUUAGUAUCAUACUUGUACCGUUUAUCUGUCGCUCGACCCUUUCUUUUGAUGCCCCUUUCGGCUCCGACAGCCGCCACCGACUCGCUAUGCUACAGCGGUUGACGACGUCGGUCGCCGACGGCCGGGACAACUCGUCGCUCCUCUCUCCAGUCGAAUACGAUGCCGAUGCCCGCUCGAUCCGCAGCGACCAGGAUUCCGAUAGUGACGACGACCAACUGCAGCUCCGCGCGCGCAACAGCCGCGAGCUGAGGGCCCACGACCGCAUGGUCUUUAUGGAGGAGGACGAGACCGAUAAGCUGGUGCUCGACGCGCGCCGCCGCCAGACAAGCAGCUCGCGCCGCCGCAGCUCCAACAUCACCAUCCCGAACCCCCUCGACCUACUGCGCAAAUACAGCGACACGUCGCGUUCCGUCAGCCCCGCCACCCGCGCCCGGCUGCCGAAGCACAAGGAGUCGGCCUUCGACGGCGGGGAUCCCGUGCUUUCGGAAAAGAGCAGCAAGAGGAGGCAGCGGCGGGCGAGGCGGAAACAGAAGAAGGACAGACUCCUCGCCGAGGCGCAGCACGGCGAGGAUGGCGAGCUGAUGUACGAGAUGGAGGAGGGCGGCGUGAGGGACGGCAGCUCGACGGGCGAGAGCAGCGAACGCGAAGACAGCGACGAGGUCGACCGCCGCGGCCUCCGGCUCAUGGCGGACGACACGAAGAGCAAGCGCAGGAGAUGCUGCUGCCGCUGGGCGCUCAUUGGCUCGCUCGUCGGCACCGCCAUCGCUAUCCUAGUUCUGGUGGCGCUGAAGCUGACGCUCAAGGAUGGGGGAUCGCGCACGCAGCAGUACGUGAGCAACGGGACAGCGCUCUUCGCGCCCACAACAAUCAUCAUCAGCCUCGACGGGUUUAGGGCCGACUUCCUGAACCGCGGUCUCACCCCGAGAAUGAACGCCUUCGUCCAGGAGGGCGUGUCGCCCCUGUACAUGCGGCCUUCGUUCCCCAGCGUCACUUUCCCUAAUCACUAUACCCUUGUGACGGGACUCUACCCCGAGAGCCAUGGCGUGGUCGGUAACACGUUCUGGGACCCGGAGCUCAAGGCCGAGUUUUACUACACCGACCCGAACCGCAGCCUGGAUCCGAAGUGGUGGGGAGGGGAGCCCUUCUGGGCGACAGCCGAGAAGGCCGGAAUCCGGACCGCCAUCCACAUGUGGCCUGGGAGCGAGGCCCACAUCUUGGGCAUUGAGCCGAGCUUCCUGGACAAGUUCAAUGGAGACGAAAAGUUGCCCAAGAAGGUCGACCGCGUCCUUGAGUUCCUCGACAUGCCCGGGGCGGAGGUCCAAGGCGUCAAGCCCGAGGAAAUGCGACCACAGCUUAUCGCAGCCUAUGUUCCCAACGUCGACGCAGACGGGCAUACUUUCGGACCCAACAGCACCGAGAUCCGCAAGACGAUCAAGGAUGUAGACAACAUGCUCGACCAGAUAUUCCAGGGGCUUGAGAAGCGGAACCUCACGAGUAUCGUCAACGUCAUUGUGGUGUCAGACCACGGCAUGGCCACAACGGACGCAGCGAGGCUGAUCCAGCUCGAUGACAUCGUGGACUUGAGCAAGGUGGAGCACGUGGACGGCUGGCCGUUGGUAGGCUUGCGGCCGCGUGACCCAGCUGAUCUGCAGAGCCUCCACGACGAGCUUGUGCAGAAGACCAAGGACAAUCCGAACGUGGACAUCUAUCUCAGGGAUGUGGACAUGCCCGAGCGCUACCAUUUCUCGCGGAACCCCCGAAUCGCGCCGCUGUGGGUCGUGCCCAAGACUGGCUGGAAUGUGGUCAAGCGUGAGGAGUUCGACGUGAAGGAAGCUGUAGCCAAUAACCUGGUGUACCGCCCGAGGGGGCUGCACGGCUACGACCACGAACACCCCCUCAUGAGGGCAAUUUUCAUGGCCCGAGGCCCCGCGUUCCCGCAUCCGCCGAACAGCAAGGUGGAGCCAUUUCAAAACAUCGAGGUGUACAAUAUCCUCUGCGACUCUGUUGGUCUGGCCCCCGUGUCCAACAACGGAACCCUGAGGCUGCCCCUCAAGCCAGUCGGUCUUCACAGCCCACAGUCUCCGAUAGAGGAACCGGCUGAUCCAGCCACGUUUGCCGCAUCCACCUCGUCGGCCGUCCCGUCCAGCGUGUCGUCGUCGCCGCCACCAACCAAGAGUGUCGUUGCUGCGUCGACGGUGACGGUCACGGCCUCUGGAACAGGACCUACGGAGACACCUCCUCCAGGCAAGGACGAGGGUGCUGGCGACGAUGACAAGAACAAGACCACGGGACAGAAGGUCCAGGAGCUGUGGGAUUGGGUAACGGGCAAGAUCGAGCAUAUUUGGGACAAGAUUACUGGGUCAGGAGGUGGGGAUUAGACUAUUUUGCUACGGGGGUCUUACUUGUUUAACCAAAGGGCUGAUUUGUACUUGCUUGAUGCAGCUUUCAUUGUUUGGAACGGCCCAAAUCCUAUAUGAAGUUUUGGAAAUGGGUGUCCAGAAUUUGGCGUUGUGAUUCGGGAGGACAAUUCGAGCGACAGCAGGGAUCAGAACAAGCCCUUUCUUCUUCCCCCCCCCCCCCGCCCGGACAUGCGCUAAAAGCCACACAAACUUGUCAGAUCUGGCCAAGGGUGUCUAGCGCCGCGGUUGGAGCCCGCUCAAGGAUUGGCCACUCGAAAAAGACAGGCAACUGUGAUUGAUGGUGACCGUGUGUCUGUCCAGCCCGCCCAGUCGG